GCAGAGUUGCAAACUCUCAGCCAAAGUUGUGCAGCCCGGAGAGGCUUGUGUGUGUGUCUGUGUGUGUCUGUGUGUGUCUGUGCUCAGGAACCGUCCGGGAUUUGUAUCUGCCAGGGGCCCAUCAGCAGGGCCCAACCACUAGCUGCCUCCAGCUACAGCCCAGCCCCACUGGGUGCCACACAUCCACUCUUGGCUUCAGGGUCUCUCUCCAGCACCCCUGGGUGUCACAUACCCGCCUACCAACCCCUCUGGGUGCCAGAUCCACUCUCCAGGACACCAGGGAUACAGAAUCUGUGGAUGUCACUGCUUUACAACGCGGGCACCAGUGAGUCCCUGGGCAAGUUGGUUUAACCAUUUGUGGUGAUCAAGUUGCCCCAACAGCAGCGAAAGGGCCAACUCUGUAUGAGCAGCGGGGCCCACACGUUACUGGACCAGUAAUAACUCUGUGAGGAGAUAAGUGGGUGCUCCACUACACCAGACCCAGUUCUAUCUGCCCAUUCUGGAAAGAAUCGCUUUUGCCCUAUCUGUGCAAUAUUUGCCCCAGGGCCCAUCCCACUAGGGGGCAGAGAUGUACGCCACUGGACUGGCCCCAUUCUAUGCUUCUUCCCACUUUAACCUGUGGCCCGCUUACUGCACCAGCGGAGCCGGGAGUGGGGCUGCUGGAUUUCCAGCCCUGGACACUGGGAAGAAACCCUCCUUCUGCAUCGCUGACAUCUUACAUGGCGGGGACCCCGAGAGCCCCCCUGGCUCUUCAGCCCUGACUGCGGCUUCAGUGGGAGUCAUUCACCCAGCCCAAUACCAGCCUGCUGGUUCCCCAUUCAGACCCACCCCGGUCACCCCUGAGUCCAGCUUCCACCACAGGUUGUCCCCUCUGCCACCCUACCAACCCCACCGGGCAGUGAGUCUCUGUACCAACAACUCCAGCAGAGCAAGAAUGCACAAGAGCACCCAGCCGGCGCCCUGCAGCAAAGACCUCAAGUUUGGGAUUGACCGGAUCCUAUCGGCUGAAUUUGACCCCAAAGUGAAGGAAGGGAACACACUAAGAGAUCUGACCUCGUUAAUCAGUGCAGGCCAGCAGUCAGGUCUCCCGGGCCAGCACAUGCAGUCCACAGCCGGCCACUUCUUCGCACCUCUAGAGCCCCUGGGCGAGGCCUCGUCCCUCCUGGGCCAGUUAAACGGCAGCCAGAGGAGCUCAGUGCAGCAGUUUCAGGACACUUUUCCAGGUGACGGUAGCAGAAAGCUGUACAUGUGGGGACCCUACGCCGUGCUGACCAAGGACACAAUGCCCCAGACCUACAAGAGGAAACGCUCCUGGUCGCGGGCGGUCUUUUCUAACCUGCAGAGAAAGGGGCUGGAGAAACGAUUUGAGGUUCAGAAAUAUGUUACCAAGCCCGACAGAAAGCAGCUGGCAGCCAUGUUGGGCCUCACUGAUGCACAGGUAAAGGUCUGGUUUCAGAACAGGCGCAUGAAGUGGAGGCACUCUAAGGAGGCCCAAGCGCAGAAGGACAAGGAGAAGGAGGAGGCCGAGAAGCCCGAGGCCCCCGGCUCAGGGGAAGUACAAAUGGACAGAAGCAGCAGCCCCUACAGAUCUGAAGGGGAGAGCGAGAGCAGUGACUGUGAGUCCUUGGACAUGAUGCCCAGUGACAGUGAACGGACUGAGACCCCCAGCGAGCCACAGGCCACCAGUGUCAUCAAGUCCUCCCCACAGCACUGUGACCCCCUCUCAGAUGUGCCCACUCCACAGAGCCCCCCAUUACAAUAAACUCUGGACACCAAGCGAUGGAAGUGGCUCAUUAAUUUAUGGAUGACUUCUCUGGGAGACCCCAGUGUUGGACAAGCUGAGAAGAUAAUGGCUGGGCCAAGCUGGUACCACUGAAUUGUUCCAACCGGCCACUAGGGGGCCGGGGCUCAGACUUCCCAUCCCAAUAGGUAAAAGAGGGGGGCACUAUCUGACUGAUGGAUUAUUAUCUCUGCAUGGGUGGGGCUGUGCCUUACCCUCUUGUCUACAAACAACUGACUGCCCCUCGCUUGGUCUGAAUAGCACCCAAACUGCACCUCAUUUACUACAUGUAAGUGCCCCUAGGUGUAUGUGUGAGUGGGGAUAAGAGGGUGUCAGCACAUACGCUAAGGAUCUGAGGCGACUGGGACCAUCUGUUUAAAGGGCCUGUAAGUGUUUGCUAUUGGUGCUGUCAGCAUUUUAAUUCCUCCUUGCAGUGUUCUAGUCUGUGCUUAAAGGGCCAGUCACACUAGAAACAGAAAAUAUUCAGUAUACAUUUCAUUGUUAAAAUACCUAAAACCUUUACUUGCAGCAAAAACCCUAUUUUUUAUGGCUUUUGACAUCCGACCCUAACUCGCCAGUAUUAAAAUCAUAAAAGUUUAGUAAAUAGCAAAUUUGUUACAUGCCAUGCAACGUGGGCCCUACAGCCGUGAAAUGUGGCCCUUAUGGCUAUGUAUUAGCUAAAACCAUAUGACGGGGCUAAUACUAAUGCAGAGUAACACAAAAAUGGAUUUAAAUAUAUAUAAAGCCAUUAUAUGGUGUAACUGGCCCUUUUCAUAAAAACCCUAGGCCCAAAGUAUUACCCCGACUAUGGAAUAAAGCCAUUAUUAAGUAGUAGACAAAUAGGGAUUUUGCCAUAUAGGGAGCAAUUUGAACCAUUUCUUGUAACCGAUAGCAACCAAUCAAUAGACAGCAUUUAUGGCUUCCCAGAAGGCAAGAACAAGGUAUAAAUUCUGAAUAGGAUUAAAAGUAUAAUAUUCUGCUCAGGAGAAGAUGGACCUUGCACUUUGCCCCAAAGGCAACCCCACCAUCUGGGAGCAUAAGGGUAACAGAGCUACGGGGGUAAAUAAGGCUCAGUCCCUAGUCUGGGGGGGGUGCCCCCCUGUAAUUAGCAGCACUGCAGUGAAGGGAGGAAUCCAAUCAAUUUCUAAUUCUCUCCCCUAAUGGGUUUCCAGCAUGUUCUCUGUUCUGUGAUCUCUCUAAAAGAAUUAAAAUGUGAAAUGUUUUUGGAACAUGCAGACUCUUUGCAAUGUGUAUCUGUCUCUAGCCAUGCACUGAACUUACUGUAAAUAAAAUCUUUAUUAUGGUUUUACAGCAA